AUGGCUGAAGGCGGCUUAGCAAUUGAAAAUUACAGAAGAGGCAUCGGAAAAUUUGAAGGGCUGAUGCGUGUAAUGAAGAAUGUAAAUCCAUCUCAAGUUAUUACGUACAUUCUUCCAGCUGAGCGUGAGAAUCAUUAUGUUAUCUGCUUAAAGGACAAAACUGGUAACCUAGAGUAUGCUAAAAAGACACUCUCAAAAGAGGAAUUUGAGCAGUUUAAAAAGACGUCACUCUUCAUGAAAAGCUGUACUGUUUCAUGUAGCCGUUAUGUGCCUGCCAAAGUACUUGUCAAGGAGACUGGCGUUAUCAGGGGUAUGUCUGGUACUGACGAGAAAUUUGAAAGAAUGUUGCAAGGUGCAAAGAGUCCCGAGUGGUUAAAGGAGCGUAAGCAGUUGGCUAGUGGUGUUUCACACUUUUUGAGCGUAAUGGAUAGUGUGAAUAGGAAUCCAGCCAUGAGUGAAGAUGACAUGCGAAAGUUUCUUUACUGGAUAAAAAAGUAUAACUUCAACUUAAAUGUGGGUUCUGAUGUUCUAAACACGCCAGGCUUAGUUGAUAUGCCAAUGGAAGGUUAUGGUUUGCAACUUCUUGCUGAUAACGAUAGUUCCGGUAGCGUUGAUUCUGCUUUGUUGUGUAAGUUUUUAGGUGCGAUUCCAGAUGGGAAAGCAAUGCAGCAAGAGCUUAUUAAGAAACUGAUAAUGAUUCAACAAGCACAUAUUUGGAAGUGCUCUUUUGGCAUGAGAGCACAUAAUUAUAAAUCACGUGAUUUUAAGUCCUAUAUGUGCUCUUCUUUAAGCUAUAAACCGUUGCCGCUCGCUUUUCGUGACCUUGCUUUUUAUUUAUACGAGAAGUGGGGUUCAACUUUGAAUGCUAUUGAAAGCGCCGUUACGGCAACAAUUUCAACAAAAUCAUCCAAUGCAGUAGCCAAAGAAACUGCAAGAGUUGUAACAACUAAAACAGCUGCAUCAUUACAAGACCAUAAUACAAAUGACAGCACAUUUUUAAGGAUUCAGUCUACAAGUCCAACGAUAAAAUAUCCAACAAUAACAACAUCAAUAAGCAAAGUUGCAGCAGAGAAACCAAUUCAAGUGGCAGCAACAUACAAUAGCACAUUUCCAACAAUAGAGCCCACAUUAAAACCAACAAACAAGACUAAAAAUUUAAGCUUCUUAAGAGGGACACGAGAUUCAUUAUUUCUCCCUACAACAGAAAAUGAUUUGACAACAACAAAAGCCCCACCAGCAUUUGCUGUAGAAUUCACAAAACACGUAACAAUAGAUACGAAAUUGCUAACAACAGAAACAUCAAUAACAACAAAUAAGAGAAAAAUUUGGAAAAAUGAUGAUAGCAGCAAUUCAAAUGGCAGUAACAACAACCAACUAAUUGGUCGUAAUGUAGGUAACAGCAAUAACAACAAGUUUGAGGUAAGAAAAUUCACAGAGAAUGUUUUGGAACAAAAUGCCAAGCCACUGUUGCUGCCAAAACCAAAAACUAGCAACGACCAUGAAUCUUAUAAAGAAGAAAAUCUUAUGCUAUUGCAAAAGCAGGAGCUGAAAAUGCAACUUAAAAUGGAAUACACACGCCAAGUACAGCAAUUUGAUGCCAUAACACAAGUAACGUCAACAACAUCUCCAGCAGUGCGACAUGAUGAGUUGUCAACAGCAGUUGAGCACUUAAAUAAUAAAGUGGCUAGAAGCGAAACUGUUACCGCAAAUGCAGCAACAGCAAUUGCAACAUUAUCUGCAGAGAAUGCAAACGCAACUGCACAACAAGCAACGACAACGACAACGACAACACCGACACCAACAGCAGCAACAACAACUACUCGACGUGCGAUACCGACCACAACAUUAAGACCAACACCACCAAUCGACGAUUUUCAGACAAUAAUAAGCCAAGCCGGAACACACGCUUAUUUGCCUUGCAAUGUCAAGCAACUUGUUAAGAAGCCAAUUUCAUGGUUGCGUGUACGAGAUGGUCACAUUCUGACCGUUGACCAAACGACAUUUAUAGCCGAUCAACGUUUUCAAUCAAUCUACACGCCGAAUCCCGAGCGUUGGUCACUGCAAAUAAAGUACGUCCAACUGAAGGACGCAGGCACGUAUGAGUGUCAAGUGUCAACAGAGCCCAAGUCCAGUGCGAUUGUAAGUCUUCGUAUAAUUGAACCAAAAACCGAAUUGAUUGGAGAAUCAACUCGGCAUGUUAAAGCUGGCAGUGAAGUGAAAUUGCUUUGCAUAAUUUCUGAAGCGUUGGAACCACCAUUAUUUACAAAUUGGUUCUUUAAUCAGAAACAAAUUUAUUUGCAUAAUCGCAAGGGUUGGCGUACGGAAGUAGAACGCAUUGAAUUGCCACCGGAUCCGACUACAACAACAACCACAACGACAUCAACGUCAACAUCAGCAACAGCAGCAACAACUACAGCAACAACAUCAAUUGAUGAAGCUGAAACGUCAACAGCCACGGAAAUAAUUUAUUCAUCUUCGACUAUGCCAACAUCCGUCAACGAUAGUAAUUCGACAGAUUCACUUAUAUCAACAGCAGCAGCAAUAUCCACAGAAUCAACAUCUGUUACACCAGCAACAGCAACAGCAACAUCUACAACGACUACAACAACAAUAGCCACCACCACUGAACCGACAACAAGUACAACAACAGAAACGACAACAGCAGCGUUCGUUUGGACAGAAAUAAGGCACAUCACAAUUGCAUCAUUGAUAAUACCAUCAGUAGAGAAGCAAGAUUCUGGCAAUUAUACCUGCAGUCCCUCGAACAGUGCUCCCAGAACGAUUGCUCUACAUGUGCUCAAUGGUGAAUAUUCCGCAUCAGCCAUAACAUCCGGUGUAAGCGGUAACUUGAUAAUUGCAGACAACAAGCGGCGACUGCAGCUACAAACAGUGAAUUUGGUAGCAUUGCUACUACUUUUUUGGAUAUCCAAAUUCUAUUUUCAGUUUGGCAAAACCAAAAUGCUGGAGAAGUUAAAAAUGGAAAUUGCCACAAUUUGCAUUUAUUCAACUGCAGUUACAAAUGCAGCAAAAGCGGAACAGAAACAAUACGUUAUUUGGCCAGCAGAUGCUAGAGAAAUUCUGAAACCUACAAAAACCGUCAAAGCAACUAUAAUUGGAGCAGGGGCUGGAGCAGUAGCAGAAGCAGCAGCAAAAGCAGAAGCAGCAAUACCAGGAGCAGCAACAACAGCAGCUACUGCAAUUUCACCUGCAACACAAUUAAGUCAAAAGAAAUGGGAAAAAACUUGAUUACCGAACUGUUACGGACUUUGGUACAACAAGGAUAAUUAAGCACAAAACAAAACCCUCCAUACUCCUCCCUUAGAUAUGUUUUAAAAGAAUCUGUAAGUAAAUUGCACAUUUUGAGAUACAACAAAUGCGAAUUUAAAUUUAGUAAGUUUUUUUAAAUGAAGUUGAAUUUUAUUCCAUUAACGAGUAAAUUGUCUAAAUGCUUAACUCGUUAAAUUUAAAUUCCAUUAUCAACGCAACUUGGCAAUAAAAAAACAAUAAAAUAACGACAAAGAUAAUGAAUUGUAAGGCGAAUUAUCUUAAAUAAUUAACAAAAAAAAAAAAAAAAGACAUAUAAAAAUAAUCUUGAGCAGUUUUAAGUACUAAUUACAUAAAGUUUUGUAUACUAAGGCACAAUGUGUCAAUAAGCUAGAAAGGAUAUAAGAUAUAUUUGUGUAAAUGUUUACCAUUUAGAGCAAAUCAAGUGAGUUCAGUAAAGAAUUUCAAUAAAUAA